AUGUCAAUAGUCUUCAGAGGUACUAGAAAUGUACGAAAAUCCGAUCAAACAAACCUCACUUUCUAUUUCUAUUUAUACCUUUUCUAUAUUUGGCAUAAGGUGCAGGCACACGAACGGUCUUGGUCGCCGACAAUAGUCUUGUCAAGAGUUUCAUCGACCAGCACGGGCACACGGGGAGACAGACAAAAAUCUCAAGUCGGACGUUUUCACCAUGUCGAUAAUCACGUGCGUAGUAUGCAAUGGAAAGGAAAAUGA